AUGACCGAACGAGUUGAGUCCGUGGAGCUGGGUAGCUAUAACCAGCGCAAGCAUGAUUCCGAAGAUCCGGAUGACAGGCCAAUCUGGGCGCCGAUUUCGCGGCCCUCGUUGAUGCUCAGCCUAUAUUUCAUCCCAUCAGCGCUUCUAUGCGCGUCUGUCGUCGAGAUAGCCUUUAGGACCGCGACUCCGAAGAAGAACACCUCAGAAACGAAGUUUGUUCGGUGGACAAACGACGAAGAGGACGGGUUUAUGGCGAACUGGCCUCAGUCGCUAUUUCCAAACGAGGACGAGCUCCCGAUUACGUCUGCUGCGGUUGCAUUGACGGUGUCCGUAGUCGUCCUUGGACUUGUUGCCUAUGUGGCUCGAAACGGCCCUAUCAAGACUACCUACUGGCAUCGUGUUUCGAUCAUUAGCUUUCUAGUUUUGAACGUGCUCCUCGCCCUCGCUUCAACCAUCUACGCCUUCACCCUCAACUCCAGAUCUGCCGGGUUCAAUGUACAGUUUGCCAUAGACACUGCCAAAGCUGCCAGUGCAGAUCUCACCGCAGGCAGCCCAGCCAGCUUCAUCUACGACCUGGGUACAUUCACCCGCGAGAUGUGGGCCUGCAAUGUUAGAGGUCUUCCCAACUUCAAUGCUGGUCUUGGUGGCAAGAUGCGCGAGGCGUGCGACCUUGGUAUCGGAGCGAGAUGGCUGUGCCUAUUCAUAUUCUUGCUCGGGACGGCUUUGCUGACAGUGGUCUUGAUGGAUCAUCGAGGAGGUGGAUAUUUUAUGCAGUCGUGGAAGAGGAGGAGGGCAGUGGAGCGGAAUAAUGUGGUGUAUGCUUGA